AUGCUUUCAACUCUUCGCCAAAGCAAUUCAAAUCUUACAGCUAUUUCAAAAACUAUUUACAAUGUUCGAGAUAAGAUUCGACAUGAUAAUCUUCAGGGCCGCACUCCAAUUCAGGCUCUUCUUGAUAAGCUUAAAGAAGAAAGCUUUGAGUAUGACUUUCAAUACAGCGAAAAUGGUCAUUUGACCCACCUCUUUUUUGCACAUCCUAUAUCAAUCGUACUUACCAAAACUUAUAGCUCUGUUCUUUUGAUGGAUUGUACUUACAAAAUCAAUAAGUUUAGAAUGCCACUCCUUCAUAUUAUUGGUAUGACGAGUUUCAAUACUACAUUUUCUUCUUGUUUUGCUUUUCUAAAAUCGGAACAAGAAGAAGAUUAUGAAUGGGCUCUCAUCCGUGUUGCUCGUAUUUUUAAGGAGAUUUCAAAGCCUCAGGUUAUUAUAAGUGAUCAAGAUCAGGCAUUAAUGCAUGCUAUACGAACCAUCUUUCCUGAAUCACAAAACUUUUUAUAUGUCUGGCAUAUUGAAAAAAACAUAUUGACCAAUUGUCGUAAUCAGUUCCCUAUGGAUGAAGAAUGGAUUGAAUUUUUGGGCAACUGGAUUACUGUAAUAAAAUCUAAAACAGAGGAAGAUUUUAAUAAAAAAUGGGAAGAAUUGGCGAAAAAAUAUAAUAAGAAUCUAUUAAUUGUUAAGUAUCUGCAGGACACAUGGUUACCAUUAAAAAAACAUUUUGUGAGUCUUUGGACAGAUCGUUACUUGCAUUUGGAUAAUGUAACCACAUCACGGGUAGAAGGGUUUCACACAAUGCUAAAAAAGUAUCUUCAAGUGUCGACAGGUGAUCUUUAUGUUAUUUAUGAAAGAAUCUCUUUAGCAUUGGAAAAUCAACACCAGGAAAUUCAAACUAUAAUUUCUCAAGAGAUGAUUUGA